AUUUUAAAGUUGAAGUUCAAGAUUUAUUACAUAUUUAGAUUUAUUUAUUAAGAUACUACUAUCGAAACAUCUAACUAAGAAGAAAAAAAUCUGUCGAUAAUGUAAAAUUUUGUAUGAAAAAUCGUUUAAUUUUUUAUAUAUUUUAAAGACACUUACUAUAGUUUUAAACAAUGGAAGAGCCACUAUUAAAAAAAGAGCCCAUAAACCUAAUUCCAUACCUAGGUACAUUGUCUGCAAAUUUUCUAAGCAUCAGUAUCGCUACCAUAUUCUCAUGGCCAUCACCUUCGAUUCCUCAACUAUUAAGCAACAACACAGACAUCAAUCCUUUAGGACGCCCGAUAACAACAUUCGAGGAAUCGUCCAUUGCUUCUCUACAAAGCGCAGGCUCAAUUGUCGGUACUAUUAUUGCAGGCAUUAUAGCCGACAAACUUGGUCUAAAAAGAUCUUUAGUUAUUUGUUCCUUGCCAAUUCUGGCAAGCUAUAUGUUAAUAGCGUAUGCUAGAGUUGCAUAUCUCUUCUUAAUUGCCCGAUUUAUCCUAGGUGUUUCACUUGGGAUUAACUUAUCUAUAUUACCCAACUAUGUCUCAGAAAUUGCAGAGGAUUUCAACAGGGGUUUCCUAGGAACGUCAAUGGGAAUAUUGGGAUGCAUUGGGCAUUUACUAACAUACGGAGUAGGUCCAUUAGUGAGCAUUAGAACUUUUGCCUUUAUAGCCAUGGGUUCAGUUUUAAUAUUUCUUAUUACUUUCACACCCUUUUUUCCAGAAAGUCCGUAUUUCUUAUUAACGAAGAAUAAAUUCCAGGAGGCAAGGCAAAGUUUACGAAAAAUUAGAAGCAGGGGAAAUAUCGAAAAAGAAUUAAUAUAUCUAACUAGACACAUCGAAAAAAGUAAGCAGACUAGAUCAGCUUGGAAAGAUAUUUUGAGAUUAAAAUCGGUUAGAAGAGGUUUAGUAAUAUCUUGUGGAUUGCAUUUACUCCCACAUAUCAUAGGUAUGCCUAUUCUUACAAUUUACUUGCAGCCAAUCGCAGAAGCAAGUGAUACUUCUAUACCUCCAUAUAUUGUAUCAAUCUUCGUUGCAGUUGCUCAAAUGAUAGCUACAAUUAUAGCCAGUUUGCUAACGGAUAAAUUUGGCAGAAAAGUUUUUCUUUACAUCUCUACAACGGGAUGUACUUUGUCAUUGUUUUCUUUAGGAUACUAUUUUUUCUAUAAAACCAGAGACUAUGAUGUAAGCUCCAUUUUUUGGUUACCAUUGGUAGGUUUGAUGGGCUAUUUUAUUUCUAUAAGCAUUGGUUACAACACUUUACCUUUUGUAGUGAGUGGAGAAGUGUUUGCAAAUAACUCAAAAUCUGUUUAUAUGAGUAUAGGCACAUGUGUUAAUCUUUCUUUCGGUUACCUUUUAAGUAGCUCAUUUCCUUUCGUUGUUGAGUAUAUAGGAAUGAGUGCAAUAUUUUUUAUAUUUUCGGGAUUGUCAAUUUUAGGUUACUUUUUCUUGUAUUUUGUUGUACCAGAAACCAAAGGACUAAGUUUUCAAGAGAUACAAAUCCUUCUUAACGAUUAAAUAUAUACACAGAAUAGUUUAGAUUUUUAUACAUAUUGGUACCUAUAUUAAUGUUGCUUUAAAGCGUUUAUACUUGUGCAAAAAUAUUAUACUUGUUAUUCACAUGUAAUAAAAUGUAAAUACCUACUGUG